UUAGAGGAAAAUGUCCAUCAAGUUUAUGGUAAAUUUAUGAGAGCUCACAAAUGUUAUGACCUAAUUCCAACUAGUGCCAAAUUGGUAAUUUUUGAUACCCAGUUAAAUGUCAAAAAGGCAUUUUUUGCUCUUGUUUAUAAUGGAGUCAGAGCAGCUCCUCUGUGGGAUUCGAAAAAACAAGAUUAUGUGGGAAUGUUGACUAUAACAGAUUUUAUCAAUAUAUUAAAAAUGUAUUAUAAAUCACCACUAGUUAAAAUAGAUGAAUUAGAAGAACAUAAAAUAGACAAUUGGCGAGGUGAGUACAGACAGAAACCGUUUGUUUGUAUUGAUCCUGAUGCUAGUUUAUAUGAAGCUGUCAAAAGUUUGGUCGAAAAUCAUGUACAUAGAUUACCAGUUAUAGAAAAAGCAACAGGAAAUGCUAUUUAUAUUUUAACCCAUAAACGUAUUCUUAGAUACCUAUACCUCUACAUGAAAGAUUUACCCAGACCCAGUUUUAUGAGUUGUACAUUAAAAGAAUUGAAUAUUGGAACUCAUGAAUCAGUUAUUACAGCAUCGCAGGAUACACCUAUUAUUACAGCGUUAAAUAUAUUUGUUGAGAAUCGCAUCUCAGCUCUGCCUGUAGUAGAUAAAGAUGGUAGAGUAGUUGAUAUAUAUGCUAAAUUUGAUGUUAUUAAUUUAGCAGCAGAGAAGACAUAUAACAAUUUGGACAUCACCAUAGCCCAGGCAUUACAGCAUCGUGAACAGCAAGGGGCAGAAAGUGUGGCUAAAUGUUUAGCAUCAGAAACCUUAAAAACAGUUAUAGAAAGAAUUGUGAAGGCAGAGGUUCAUCGUUUAGUAAUAGUAGAUGAAGAUGAUGGUGUAACAGGAAUAGUAUCACUAUCAGAUAUAUUACGAUUUAUUGUCCUUAAACCUAUGAGUGAAGAACCAGUUAAAACAUCUUGAUUUGUUGAAGUUUAUUCUCAGGAAUAGCUGGUCUGUGAUGUACAUUGAUAUCUUUUAUAUAAAAACAGGCAGAUUAAUAGAGUGAACAGUGACAGUUUCCAGUAGAUCUGUAUAUCUUGCUCAAAUUAGAAAUACUUGCAGAAAAUGUUCAUCCAAGAUUGUUUUUUUUUCACAAAAAAGGUCUUUGUGUCCUUUCAA